GAGGAGGAGGAGGACGCCAUUGCUGCAGCUGGCCGUCUGUGAUUUAGGACAAACGUUAUCAAACUUCACAAAGUCGAGGGGGCUUUUCGGACAUUUUUCACGCUCAUUACCCUGUUACUGGGUUAUACUUUGAAAUCGGACAAGUAGGAUGGACGGCUUGCAUUUGAGUAGGACACAAUGUGGAUCCACAGCGCCGAACCAGAGCAGUCUCCAACCGUUCCUUCACCUGUGUGGUGGCCCAGCCUGUCACCAUGAACACCAGUAGGAACUGUACCUCAGUGGGGCAUGGUGAGGGUCUGGCUGCCCUGGAGUCUGUCUCCAUCGUGACCAUCACACUCCUUGCCGGCCUGGGGAACUUCAUGAUCGUGGCAACCCUCUAUCGCAGGCCUUAUCUGCUCACACCCAGCAACAAGUUUGUAUUCAGCCUGACCCUGUCCAACCUGCUGCUGUCCAUGCUGGUGCUGCCGUUCGUGGCUGUGAGCUCAGCAAAGAGGGAGUGGGUGUUUGGGGUGGUGUGGUGUAACUUCACUGCCCUGCUGUACCUACUCAUCAGCUCGGCCAGCAUGCUCACCCUCGGAGCUAUUGCCAUUGACAGGUACUAUGCAGUGCUUUACCCAAUGAUCUACCCCAUGAAGAUCACAGGAAACCGGGCAGUUGUUGUGAUAGCUUACGUGUGGCUACACUCCCUGGUGGGCUGUCUGCCUCCUCUGUUUGGCUGGUCUUCCUUCGAGUUUGACUGCUACAAGUGGACCUGCGUUGCUUCUUGGCACAGGGAGCCAAGCUACACGGCCUUCUGGGUCACCUGGUGCACCCUUCCCCCCUUAUUCAUCAUGCUGGCCUGUUAUGGUGUAAUCUUCCGUGUUGCACGCAUGAAAGCCAGGAAAGUACACUGUGGGACAGUUGUUGUGACCCAUGAUGACCCUAAUGGAGCUCAGAAGAACGGACGCAAAAACUCAAGCACCUCGACAUCCUCUAAUGGGAGCCGACGGAGCCUGGUGUAUGCAGGGAGUCAGUGCAAGGCCUUUGUUACCAUCUUAGUAGUCAUCGGCACCUUCUUUAUGACAUGGGGGCCAUAUGUUGGGGUGGUGUGUACGGAGGCUAUUUGGGGACAGGGGAGUGUUUCUCAGGGACUGGAGACGUUCGUAGCGUGGCUCUCUUUCUGCAGCGCGGUCUGCCACCCGCUCAUCUACGGUCUGUGGAAUAAAACGGUGAGGAAGGAGCUGCUGGGGAUGUGUUUCGGCGAUCGCUACUACAGGGAGUCAUUCGCUACGCGGCAUAGAACGUCCCGCCUCUUCAGCAUCUCCAACAGAAUAACAGAUUUGGGUAUGUCACCACACCUGACAGCCAUGCUGGCGGGCGGAGGACAUCUGCUGGCCCCGGGCAGCAGCACUGGUGAUACCGGCUUCAGUUUCACUCAGGACUCAUGCACAGAUGUGAUGCUGCUGGAUAACUUCUCCACAGACGGGUCCUCCCACCUACAGAACCAGUCGAAUACGUCCGGGAAGAGGAGGAGCUCUGUCACGUUUGAAGACCAGGUGGAGCAAGCCAAAGCUGAAAACAACAACACAUCCUCAGUUCAAAUCCACGCAGAGGAACUCAAAUCUCUCGACACCUUCGCCUCCUGUUUGGCGAUGGCCAUAGAGAGCGACGCUAAGCUCACCAUGUUCGGCGAGGGUCUGGCUUUACCGGGGGGACUGUUUACGACCAGGGCAGCACCGAGACCCAGAUACCUGGACGGUCAGAGACUAAGGCUGGAAAGUAUCGACGAAGGCAUCGUUAAAGAUGACAGAGAUGAAGAAGAGCAGGACAUGGAGGAAAAACUAGCCUGAACACAGCAGGUCUGUACAUUUGGUAAACACACUUAUAAACUGCAGGCUGUGGUGCAUGUUAUGAAGUCUGAUCUCUACAUAUGGGUACUCAAUACUUGAAAUUAUUAGGAAACAGGAACAGCGCGCUAUUCAUUCCACUAUGUUGGACCAAUUGCACACAUCAGUGCAAGCUUAGGUAUGGAUUCAUGUAAUCAAAUAGGAAGCCUUUACUACUGUUACCUUAAUGAUCGGAUUGCUGUAGUAAUGUUUAAUGUUCGUAAUGACCUGAAAACGUUGGUUCAUUUUCACACAUUUUCGUGGCUUACUAGGAUAUUGUUAAAAAUUAGGAACACCUUAAGCUUUUCCUACGAUAAGUCUAAAAGUCGGGUAUGAAAUAGUGUGUAUGUAUUGCUCAGGCCGGCUCUACUUGUAGUAUUGAUGGUGUCUGCAGAGUGAGUAUUAUUAGAAAGUUCUGGCAUUUCAUGAUUAUUUGUUAAGUUAUUGCACUUGAACAUGCGUGUGCUUGUUCUCAUAGAAACCACUCAUUUCGUAUCAGUAAAGGCAAUUAUUACUGAGAGUUCUGUCUUUUCGGAUUACUGCCCGAGGGGUAGUACAUGAGCAGUGAUGUAGUGAACAGGACAUCAAGUAACAUUUCGAUGUAAUCAUUAAGACUGUUGUAUUAAUGUUAAGUCCCACAUUUCAUAAUAUUAUGCUUACUGAGAAGUAUACACUGACCAUAUCAGAAAUAAAUGACUGUUUUUCUUUGAAAUCAAAAUGAAAUUGUGUUCAGAGUUGAAGUGUGAGAAACUGGUCUUAAUCUUCACGAUGUGUCUUAGUAAAUAUUAGUCGGUGCAUGUGGUUUACCUCAGUUUAUACCCUCCAUUGCUCCCUUUACUAUUAUGAAAAGAACUCAGAGGCAUUUGUAAUGAGUGCUUCAGUCUUACCUCGUAUCUUUGUAUUAUAUUUGAACGGUACUAUACACCUGAGAAGUGAUGUAACCUUUUGAUUUUCUCUAUACAGUAAGUAUUAAAACAAAUAUUUGCAUAACAGUUUUGUAUCAAAAUUCUUAUAUUAAAACGUUUUUUUCUUACAUAUAAUUGUCUGAACCUUCAUUAUGUUUCGUUUGUGUCGCUGUGAAAAGAUACAACAGCUACCAAAACAACGCUCAGCUGUCCUGCAAUAGUUAACAAACUGGGGCUAUGACCAGUGUGUGCCUCUGAGGUAUUCCCAUUAUAUUCA